AUGUCGUCUAACGACAAGUACACCGGCAUUUGCUUUCUUGCACUCGUAGCCUCGCUGAUCCCCUCCCGAGAGGAUUUACAGUCGCAUCAUUGGCUUGGCAGGAAGCUCGUCCCAACCCCAAAAUAUCCCAACCAGCUUCACUCCAACUACCUAUACAACAGCAACAUCUCACUGUCGCUCAACGCAGCUCGUCAUGCUGCGCGCUUCUCUUCGGUCGUCCACGGCCUUGGGCUACAACUCCAGUUCCUCCCUGGAUCUGCCAGCGACGCAACCAGUGAACCACCUCCUCCCGGACCUGUUCCACCCACCCUUUAUGACCACAAGACUACAUCAGAUACUCCCGUUGGAAGCUCGAUUGCUCCUCCAGGUGUGGAGGUGAACGAUACAGCGCUACCGGCGCAGGCUCCUCCCCCUCCCUUUCCCCCUCCAGCCCCGAAGCCCAAGCGCAAAUUCUUCCGGAAGUUCUUCACCUCAGUGUUCCUGCUGGGAACCCUUGGUUUCGCCGGAGGAGUGUACUACAGCAGAGUCAACGACAAUUUCCACGACUUCUUCACCGAGUUUGUUCCCUUUGGAGAGGAUGCCGUGCUAUAUUUCGAGGAGAGGGAAUUCCGCAAGCGUUUCCCGAAGAUUGCGGGCCGAGACACGCUUCCUAGAGAGACUGGCCAGACUGUUAAGAUUCCAAGUCAGAGUGGGGUAUCGUGGAAGCUUCAUGAGGAGACCAAGCCUGCUGCUGGGAGACACGCCGAUGCGACCAAACCGGAUACAUCUAAGCCCAAGGAAGCUCUACAGCAACCUGUGGAGACAAAGCUAGAGGAGAAGGUGAAGGCUGUGGAGACUUCUAAGAAGGAGGCAGCUCCACCGGCUCCGGCCCCCGCCGCUAAAUCGCCAGAAUCGCAAUCUCCAGCUAAACCAGGACACCCCGUUAAGGCUGCUGCAUCUUCCAAAUCCCCAGAAGCAGUUCCUUUUACACCUCCAGAGGUUGACCAACCUUCCAAGUUCCCACCGGAACUUACAAGAAUCGACCCCUUGAAUAUAAGAGAUGCAAAUGAGCCGCUUGUUCAGGACCUGGUCAAGAUCAUCAAUGAUAUCAUCACAGUUGUGAACGCGGAUAACACAAACAGCAAGUUCUCCAGUACAAUUGGUAAAGCCAAGAAAGAGCUCUCUAAGGUGGGAGCUAAGAUAAAUGCAUUGAAAGCUGCGGCUGAGAAGGAUGCCCAGGCCAAGAUCCGUGCUGAGAAGGCCGACUUUGACCGGGCUGCCAAAGAGCUGAUCCGAAGAGUCGAGGCUGAGAUGCAACACCAGCAAUCAGAAUGGCAAGAGGAGUACCAGACCGAGCGUCAGAAGAUUCAUGAGAGCUACGAACGAAAGCUUAAGGCCGAGGUCCAAGCCGCUCACGAAGUCAACGAGCAGCGCUUACGCAAUAGUCUUCUAGAGCAAGCAAUCGAGCUGAAGAAAAAGUUCACUCAGGAUCUCCAGCAACGCGUGGAGGAGGAACGCAAUGGACGUCUCGGCAAGCUGUCCGACCUCACUAAGACCGUCGGCGAGCUCGAGAAGCUCACCACGGACUGGAACUCCGUUGUCGACACGAACCUGAAGACACAACACCUCCACGUGGCCGUGGAAGCCGUCCGCGCAAAUCUUGAGAAGAGCCAGGUGCCCCGACCAUUCAUCAAGGAACUCGCAGCCCUCAAGGAAAUCGCCUCCGACGACGCGGUUGUCAACGCAGCAAUCGCAUCCAUCAACCCGAUUGCCUACCAAAAGGGCAUCCCAUCUUCCGCCCAGCUCAUCGACCGUUUCCGCCGGGUGGCUAGUGAGGUUCGCAAGGCAUCUCUGCUUCCCACUGAUGCGGGUGUUGCUAGUCACGCCUCUAGCUACGUGUUGAGCAAGCUAUUAUUCAAGAAGAAGGGUCUAGCUACGGGUGAUGACGUCGAGAGUAUCCUGACAAGAACGGAGACGUUCUUGGAGGAAGGCGACUUGGAUGGAGCUGCUAGGGAGAUGAACGGGCUGCAGGGGUGGGCGAAGACGUUGAGCAGGGAUUGGCUUGGGGAGGUGAGGAAGGUGCUGGAGGUGCAGCAGGCCCUAGAUGUAAUCGCUACCGAAGCUAGACUGCAGAGCUUGAGGGUCGAAUAG